AUGGCCGAGGAAAUCGACGAUAGUGAAUUUUACCGGGAGAACUUCAGUGCCGAUUCCGAUUGGGAGGUGUUCAAUGCCCAGCUGGGUGAGAUCCUCCAGAAAUGGGACGUGACCGCCGAAUCUGACGUGGGCAGGUGUCUCAAAGCCGAGGAAAUCUACAACUGCAAGUGGAAAGUGGAGAAGGAGACGCUGGAUAUGCUGAAAAAUGGCAUCCAAGUGGAGCACCAUCAGGCCAUCCUGCCGGACGAGGAACUGGCCAAGGAGAAGGUCAAGGAGAACACCUGUCUGCAGCGAACCAAUUGCCAUCAUGACCUCAUUGCCAAUGGGAAUAGCUUUGGACCCCCGAUAAGAAGCUCCCAGGAUCUGCAUAUUCUGGCCAGGAUCUACGGACUCAGGCGGUUCAUUGUCCUGCAUCCCGUCAAUCCUAAUCUCAACUACAUGAAGUCCACCUCGGAGUUCAAUUUCUUUCUGAGCGCCAUUGCCGUCGUGUCCGCAGAGGUUCAGAGUGUGGUCCCCAUCUUUGUGCAGAUCUACGAUCCCAAAUGGAACUUCUACACGGGCGUGGCCUUAGCUCCCGCACUGAGGACCAAUUUCCGGCUCAUUGGACUGGAGAAGGCCCCGCCCGAGUGCCGUUUCCUGAUGGGUCUGCUCACCCUGUUCAGGGAAAAGGUGCCCACCUCCUAUCCCCAGGCGGCCAUGAUCUCCGUUUGCACCACAUAUGCUCUGGACACCAUGCGCAUCCGCAUGCCCAUGUAUGUGCCAUUCGAUCAUGGCCUCAGUUCCGAGGAUAUAGUGGUCGACGGAGAGGUCUCGCACCUGGAAGUUCAACAGUUUUGCUCUCUGCCCCACGGAUAUACACCCGAGUCUUGCACAGAAAUCUAUUUGGUUUACACCUGGCCAGAGUUAUCCGAACACGUGGCUUUUGACAGCGAACAGAGAAGCGAUUUUGUGCCCUCCAAGGCGCCGCUUGGUAAGGUUUACCUCUCCGUGGAGGCCUCGUCGUAUCUUUCCUGCUGCCUGAGAGAUUAUCAGCCUGUAGCCGGGGUCACUAGAUCCCUGGAGUCCUUUGUGGGCCGGAAUUUCUCGGGUAUGAGCAGCGGAGCAGAGGCGGGUUCUAAUCCCCUAGAUCGCAUUACCGAACACAAGUUGACUACACGCCGGGAACGGAGUUACGAGUUGCCCUCACAGGCGGGACUAACAAAACGACUGCCUGGUCCCAUGACCGAAAGCGAACUGAGCGAACUUUUGGCCUAUCUUUUCCCAGAUAUGCAUCCCGAAAUGGCGCUGUUUCCCUACUCCAAAAAGAGCUUCAAAGAUAAGUUCGAUCCCAUGCGAAUCAAGAGCGCUGUUCCCGAUUCCUUGGUCUGUCGGCUCAGCUGUCUCCUGGCCACCUGCCACGCCCACUUGGGCAGCGUUGAGGGCAUGGCUCAAGUGUGGGCGGCCUUUACCCGCCAACUGCGAUUGCUGUGGGAUAACUCCCUAACCGUACCAGGAAUUUCCGCCGGCUUUCCCGACACGCGCACCUGUCUGCUCCACCAGAAACUACAGAUGCUCAACGUUUGCGUGGAACGUCGCGUGCAACGGGAGGCGAAUAGCAAACGAAAAUCCGAGGGUCUGAUGAGAAAAGCCAGUUCCGAGGAGGAUGAAGAUGAGGAGGACGACGACGAGGGCGAGUUCUUUGACUGCGAUGAUCUGACUGCCGGCUCUGGUUCUCCAACGAAAUCAGUUCUUAGUCUGAAACCCGAGGGUCGACUAAGGCGUUUGAACGAUGAGCGAUUACUGGAGGAACCUGAGGAGUAUCUUUAUAUACCAGAAACCCAGGAUCCGGUUCCAAAGACCGAAGAUCAGCUGCAGGACGAUGCCGAAGUCAUGCUGAAAUUGGGACCUGGCUCCGGCUUGACCACCCAAAUGAUGUGUACUUCCCUGCUUUCCGAUAUGGAAGCCUUCAAGGCUGCCAAUCCCAGGGGCGCCAUGGAGGACUUUAUACGCUGGUAUAGUCCCAAAGAUUGGGAGGAGGUCACUGAUGAACUGGGUCAGGUGCAUCAUCAGUUAAGUGUUCGGAUGACCACUGAGGGCAAUACAUGGCAAAAAGUCUGGGAACAGGCUCAGGCAGUUCCUAUAAGCAGACAAAAAAGACUCUUUGAUGACACUAAUGAAGCUUUGAAGGUGCUUCACUAUAUGGAGACUCGAAAAAUGCAUGAGAUCUACAAUCUGACCAUAGUUCCCUUGCUGCAUUCAGCAAUAUUAAAACUAAUUGACAUUCUAAGCAAUGCUAAACUGGAGGAUUUAUUUAGCCCUCAGAUUGAGCAACUUCUCGCCGAUCUCUGCCGCCUCUCACGCUCUCAUUCGGAUCAACUUCCUCCAAUACAACCCUUGUUAGAUGACCUUGCCGAGUUGGAACGUCGGUUUUAUCAAUUUAAGUGCUUUGAACGCCUAUCGGGAUAUCCCAAAAGGAGCUCCCUUCAGCAAGUGAAACUUCAGUUCGAGGAGAUCCUGCGCAAUGAGAACUGUUGUACGAUUGUGAAUCGAAGACUGACAGCAGCUGGGGAUGGCACUUUGUACGACAUCCUCAUACCCAAAUUGGAGGAGGAUAUGGCCGAUCGACUGGUCAGCAAGGAUUAUAUUAUUAGAUUGGAUGGGGAUACGAAGAGCACAGAGAAGGGAUUGUAUCUGGGUCCGCAGUUCAUGAGGGCCAUUGUCACGGGCGAGAAACUGAGACUUUGUGGAGCCUUUACGGAAAGUACAGCUUUUGUCUAAGACUUAUUUCGGUCACUGGAGAAAUGAUAGAUUUUUUAUUUUUUAAGUAUGUAGUAGUAAACUAUAAAAGAACUAAUCAAAUUAGAAGAGCAAAGCAGGACAUAGUUUUAUCCAAAAAAAAAAGACUUCAUAGAAGAUUUUAAGAAAGAAGGUAUAGCAGACAGCAAUAAAAAUCAAAACGGAAAUUUACAAAUGUUAAAACGAAAUAAGCUGGAAAAAAUUGCAUUUGCUUCUCGAAGUUCCACACAAAAAAAUAGAACUAUACACAUACUUUUUAAAAAAAUAAUAUUAAAAUCAAAUAUUUAUUAUGCUACUUAAAUUGGUGUUAUUGGUGCUAUAGAAAGGAAAUAAAAAUAUUUUUAGUUAACUACAUUACAA